AUGAAGCUUCUUUCCUUCUCCGCAGCUCGCUCCCACCAUUGCUCUGUUCCUGUUAGACUUCAGGAGUCUUCUUCGUUUGCCCUUUUCCCUGCAAGCCCUUCUUCUUCUUCUUCUUCUUCCCGCAGGCCUCGCUGGCCGCGAAUGGAUGCUGACUCUGCCUAUCACCGACGUCGCCGGAAAGACAAGGUGGUUUUAAUAAUGGGCGCCACCGGUUGCGGGAAGUCACGCCUGUCCAUCGACCUCGCCACCCGCUGUGCCUGCUCGGAAAUCAUCAACGCGGAUAAAAUGCAAGUUUACAGAGGACUCGACAUCGCCACCAACAAGAUUCCUUUGGGUGAACGGAACGGCGUCCCGCACCACCUCCUCGGAGAUGUCGACCCUGCGAACGGAGAGUUCACGCCGUCGGAUUUUCGCUCAGUCGCCGGGUCCAUUAUUUCCGAUAUCAGUUUGAUGAGGAAGCUUCCCAUCGUCAUCGGUGGAUCCAAUUCGUUGAUUCAUGCUCUUGUGGUCGACCAGUUUGACCCGGCGUUAAAUGUGUUCGAUGAUGGAUCGUCACCGAGUUCGAUCUCGUCCGAGUUGCGGUACAACUGCUGCUUCCUCUGGGUGGACGUGUCGUUCUCCGUGUUAUCAGAUUACUUGUUGAAGCGAGUCGACGACAUGCUUGACAUGGGAAUGGUGGACGAGUUGGCUCAGUUCUUCGACCCAGAAGCGAGCGACCUAGAAGAUGACUCGGAACACCGGGUCGGGUUGAGGAAGGCAAUCGGUGUGCCCGAAUUCGACCGGUAUUUCAAGCGAUAUCCCCCACCGGGUGGGCUGAGAAUAGAAGAGGAUCGGAUGCGGAAGGCUGCGUACGAGGAGGCAGUGAGGGCCAUAAAGGAUAAUACCUGUCGACUAGCAAAAAGGCAAAUAGGGAAGAUCUUGCGGCUCAAAGGGGCCGGGUGGGACCUACGGAGGCUGGACGCCACAGAGGCGUUCCGAGCGGCGAUGACACCGUCGAGAUGCUCCAACAACGGCGGCGAGAAGUGGUCGGAUAUUUGGGAGAGACAGGUGGCAGGACCAAGCGUGAAGAUUGUGAAGAGGUUCUUGAAGGAGUAG